AAGCGAGGAGCCAAACAAAGAAAUAGAGCAGACGGAGAAAAAAAAAAUCACAAAGGCAAUGAUUUUCUACGUGAUUUGUUGAUUCGAUAGACAAGCCUUCAGGGAUAAAAAAAGAGACGACUCAGUGACAUAAUGCCUGAUCUGUCUUCCCAAACUCAACCUCCUAUUCCCUCAAUGCCCUGAAUUCUUUCUUAGCUGGACCCUUUCAAUAUUACCAUUGCGUACAAUCUGCUUCCAAUAGACCUAGUCGUGGGUCGCCCGGAGAUGCUUGAUUCUGACUCUGCUUGGUAAAUAUACUCUUUUCGGCAAGACAAGUAAUAGCAACGAGUAGCAAAAGAAUCUAUUUGCUAUUCAUACUCCUUACGGACCUCAAAGCCAGCAACCAAUGGCAUUCAACAGGACCAUGGCGACCCCUCCAACCUAUUAUAGAGCGAUCCUUCCUCAUGGCGCGAGCUUUGCAAUCAAACCCGAACAGUUCGCUUCCGAGAACCUGGAGCGCAAAUACCGAGUCCAGAAAUCGAUUAUUCGGCACUCAUCCUUGCAUUGUUUCUGUCUCUACUGUUACCAAGGGUUUGCACGAAUGGAAGAUUUGUAUCGCCAUGCCUCUGACAGUGGUGAGGGCCAUUCUCAAAUUCUGCGUGAGAAUAGGAAUAGGGAGCCUCGCGGGUUUUAUAAUUUCUUCCGAGAAGCUCUGAAUUUGACGGAGGCGCAUAUUGACGACUGGACUAUCUGCCACAUGCGUAUCCCCGAUCUCUUUGAUCCCGCCAUUUUGAUGGAGUUACUCAAGACGAAGAAGGGCUAUGAGUCUGCUAUCGCCCUACAAGAAGCUAUUAUAAUGGCCACCUCGUUGCGCGCUACAUGCCCAAUAUGUUAUCGUAGUUUUAGUCUCCACGCAACACUGAAAACCCACUUCAGAGAUCAUGGAUCGGAAGAGCAUACCAAAUUGUUAGCCGAACCAGAUGGCAGAUUUGAUACCGGAAGAGUAAUAACGGAGGUGGUUAAUUCAGCGUGGAACCCAACUGGCAAUGUUUUUCUUAUUGAACCGCAAAUGAGAACCUCGACCACAGUUUAUAAUGUGAUUACCGGAGAAACACGCGUGAGGAUUGUUCGUUGACAGUCGAUAAUGACUAGAGAAGAUGAUGCAUUUGGUAGCGGGUUUGAAAAGCUUUUUUCGGUUGUCGUUUCAAGAGGCAUCUCAGUCAAUUGAAACAUUGUGUGUAUGUGGGCAUAGAAUGAAAUACAAACUGGCAAUACCUUCACGGCGGGGAUGGUAACUUUGAUCGGGGCAUCAAUUUUCGGGGUCAUCUGCAUGAAAAUUAGUUUUCAUAUUCUGUGACAUAUAUCUUGUUAGAGUCAAAUGUUGAUACGAAUCUUGUACUUAAUUAACCCGCUACGAAUACUGUUGGUGGCUG